AUGGGCCGUAUGAGUUCCGGUGAAAAACUAACCAUUCCCAUUCCAGCCGCGUUUCUCGUCUCGGUGUGUCUGCUGCUGUUGGCCUACUCGUUCUGGAGGAAAAUAAAAAAAUGGUCCCAAGACAGGGCAAGGAUGAUACGCUUGGCGUCCAAGUUGCCGGGACCGGCCACCCUUCCGCUCAUAGGGAACGCUCUGCAAUUCGCCUGCGGCCCCGAUGAAACUUUGGACAAGAUCAAGGAGAUCGUGAGCAGCUACGAGUCGCCGUUUCGCUUUUGGCUGGGCCCGAAACUGUUUAUAGUACUGACGGAGCCACGUGAUUACGAGGUGAUUUUGGGGUGCCAAAAAGCCUCGUGCAAGGACGCGGUCUACCGAUUUAUGGAGCCGUUUGUGGGCAAGGGCCUCGUCAGCGGAUCGGGUCCGUCGCACAGGAGCCACCGCAAGGUCAUCAUGCCGAUGCUGAACAACAGAGCUUUGGGCGAGUACAUGGAGUACUUUGACCGGCACAGCCGCGUCUGCGCGGAACUCCUGGAAGAGAAGCUCGGCAGCGGGGAAUUCGACCUUCAGCCGUUCUUGAGCCACUGCACUUUUGACAUGAUAUUCGAAACGGUGCUAGGAUUGCCGAGUAGUUCGCAGAGGGAAGACAACAGGGAGCUCGUGUACUGGACCGAAUCAAUGUACGAGCUGCUCCACUUGAGGAUGAUGAAGAUUUGGCUCCACCCCGAUUGGUUGUUUUCGUUGACCGAGUUGGGCAGAAGACAGAGGAAAGGCCAGAGCGUGAUUCACGGGUGUAUCGAAAGCGCCGUGGCACGGAAGAAGGAGGAACACUGCGCGGUGGAAAGAGGCGUCAUUGUUUCCGACAGGCCGAGAUUGAUGCUAUUGGAGCAACUGAUUGAUCACGCAAUGAGAACCAAUUUCAUGAACGACGACGAUUACUUGAGAGACGAAACGUACACCCUAUUUACUGCGGCUCAAGAUACGACAGCGGUCAUCAGUUCGUUUGCCCUGCUUAAUUUAGCGAUGCAUCAAGAGAUCCAGGAUAAAGUUCGAGCAGAAAUCAAAGCGGUGGUUGGGGAAGACUGCGUUCAACUCGAGCACCUUCCAAAACUUCAGUAUACAGAGAUGGUGAUCAAGGAGACGCUGAGGCUUUAUCCAAUUGCACCUUUGAUGGUGCGUCAAGUGAUAGGAGACAUCGAUCUCGAAAAUUUUACUUUACCAAAGGGAUGUUCGAUCGUGAUGAUCCCAUUUAUGACGCACAGGAGCGAAAAGUUUUGGUCGGAUCCUGAGAAAUUUGUUCCAGAAAGAUUUUUGCCCGAAAACUCCAAUAACAGACAUCCUUUUGCAUACAUUCCCUUCAGCGGUGGUCUUCGGGGCUGUAUAGGUCAAAAAUACGCAAUAAUGUGUUUGAAGACGAUAAUUGUCAAUAUAAUCAGAAAGUUUAAACUAACUAGUAAACUAAAGUUGGAAAAUCUUCGACUAAAAACAGAUAUAUCCGUAAGGUCGAGGGAUGGUUACUUUGUGUCUAUAAGCAAAGUCGAGUAACACGUAAUUUAUUAAGAAAUUUAUAUUAUAAUUACUAUACUGUUGACGUUCAUCAAAUUUCCAUAAAC